AUGAUUCCAUCGUCAUCGCAAGGGUCCAAAACUUCAGUAACCGUCAAAUCAUCGCCGAGUAAGGUAAGAUACGACAGCUGGAGGCGAUUACUUCUAAAACAGUAAAUUGUAAAAAAAUGUACCUUGAUGAAGGUUUUGGGAAAAAAUAUUGUUCGCUUUUGCUUAGCACCUUUCAACAGUCAUUUUAAUGCAAAAAACUCAAAAUCGAUUUUUUCCUAUGUCCACCCCUAACAGACGGCUGAUGCACUGACUCAGAAAUUGUCUUUUAAUUGUUCGACAGGAUCUUCCAAAAGAACCGAAAUGUAAGUUUUUUUAUUUUGCUCGGACACGUUUCGUCGUAUAACGGCGCGUGCAGGCUACAGGGUUUUUUAUGUUACCAAAUCUGUAAAACAAAUCUAGAUCGAUCGUGGCACGUCGUUUUUUUCUGCUAAUUACGGUUUGUAUCGCCACGAAAAACAAGCUUUUGGCGUAAUGCUUUAAAAUUUUUUUUGGCUUGCGAAGCUAAAAAUUUUUGCCGGUUGCACCACAAAAACAUUUUUUGCCAAAAAAUGUGGCAUUGUGCAUUUUUUAUAAUUUUCCUUUUGUUGUGGCCACAUGCAUAAAGUGAUGUGUAACAGCAUAAAUAGCAUCAUAUUUAACAAAAAAUACAUGAAUAUAUAUUUAAGGAGCGUCAACAAUACUAAUAAUCUUAUUAAUCUGAUAUUCGGCGAUACCACCUCUUAGUAUAACAUAAUCCGGGAAUUGAAAAAAAUUCGCGUACAGAAAAUUCUGCAACUGAACACAUAUUUUCUCUGGAUUCUUCCGCAUCAACUGGCAUAUCGGGUAUACCCAAGUUUCGUUGGAACUGCGAGAUAUGACCGAAUCUUUAACUGAAACACCCAUGAUGUUUUAGAUGAAUAUGGAAAGGCUAAGAUGAUAACAGGUGUCAUGUUGAUUCUUAAAGGAGCUUAGUCCAUCGAAAUUUCAGAAAAUAUCAUUCAAUGAGUAUGUGUGCCGAUGGUUUUUGCGUAAAUUAGGUUGUGGUAAAUUAGAAUUUUCGGCGCUUCUUCCCUCUUUUUUCAAUCAAUAAUAGCGCCGCCCCGUUAAAAAAACAUUUUCCAAUUACGAAAGAACGAUGUGCGUGGAGGAUGUAAUUAGCACGAUGUCUCAGUGAAUAUCAAAUUGUGAGUAUUUAAAUUUCAGGAGUCGAGUGAUGUCCUAGCCAAGCUCGAUAUUAUCUAUCAAGAAUUGGUCAAAAACACCUUUUACUAUGUCUCCCGAGCUCUGUACAAACAGGAUCGUCUGGCAUUUGCUCUACGGUUCGUGAAGGCUGAACUGUUCGAUGAUAAGGUAAGGGUUUCAAACUGUGGUUUCUGUUUUUAGAUGUUGUAUUAGGUACCAGCGAAGAAUUAGUUUAAAACUGCCGUCUUUGAUAGGUGUAUUACCUAAAUUCAUGCUUAAGAUUUCCUCUUGCAGGAGUGGAACUUUUUCAGCGGCAACCUGGUGGAUGA